AUGCGGAAACCCUCGGCUUGUGCUGCGUGCCGGGCCCGCAGGCGUAAGUGUCAAACUCGCGAGGGCCUCAUUGACUGCGUUUACUGCAACGAGAGGGGCAUCAAAUGCGAUCAAAGACCGCCCGAGGGAGGCUACGAUGAGCAACGAGAGAAUCAGCGUAAAGAACGCCUGGUAGAAGAGCGGAACCUAUCCGUACAUCAGCAAAGUAGUCACAGCGCAGCAGCCGAAAGUGCAUCGUCUGCAUCUCAAAGUGGUGGCUGGUGCACCCGUUGUGAGACCACUUCACAUGCCGCCGCCGCACUGCCCAGUCUGCCGGUCCGGCUGGACCUCGUCAGACUCUACUUUGACUACAUCCAUGACCAGUUCCAUUCCCUCUUCCAUCGGCCGAGUUUCAUUGAGGAUGCACUCGGCGACCGAGUGCACCCCAGCAUCCUUUUUGGUAUCUGCGCGCUAUCUGCGAGAUUCUCAACCGACCCGGAGUUUGCAGAUGUUGACCCCCGAGACAGAAGCCAUGCUUACAUACGAGCUGCCGAGGCACUUCUAAACCUACGUGAUGUAUCUCUCCCAACGAUACAACUCUGCGUGUUGAUAGGGGCAGCAUUGACUGCCAAUGGCGAUGGAGAAUCGGAAAACAUCUACUACGGCGUCGCAUGCCGCAUGGCGCAGCUGCUGGACCUGCCAGGAAGACCGGCUACCAGUCUCUUGGAACGAGAGAUCAACAUACGGGGUAUGAUUGAGCCUCCUAUUCCCAUUUGGUCGCUCUGCAUGAUCGACGUGUGGUCCUCCACUGCGGUGAAGUUACCCAAGCUGCUCCCGGCGAGAUCCGAUAUCCCCUUGCCGAUGGACGAUCUACCGUUUCUCUCGUUGAGCCGCAGCGGACCCGGAGUAACGGGUACGGCAUCGGCCGCUCAAAGCUCUCAACUCCUCUCGCAGAUGGUGAGACUCAACAGGAUCCUGUUGGAUGUCAACGACUUUAACCAGCGUUGCGUUGCGGAUAAUCCUACCUGGGAUGUCCUCGAGCAGGGCGUUGAGUCUCUAAGCAUAAGAAUGGAAGACUGGCUUGCCGCACUCCCGGCGAAUAUGCGUGAUACCCCGGAAAACUUUGCCUGGUUUGCGGCCCGGGGCCAGGGCCGGACAUUUGCGGCCGUUUACCUAGGCUACUACCACUUUGGCCAGCUCUUGUAUUACCAGUUUCUCUAUGGCGCGGCGACGACGACAGCCAUCAACCCCACUGCCUCAGCCUCUGUCGCAAGGAGGGACUCGUACGCGAAGCGCUGCAAGGAACACGCGGCUCGGUUAUGUGACAUGGUCUACCGCGCCCAGACAACAGCCGGGUCGGACGUGCGGUACACGAUGACGGCGCAUGUACUCGUCAUUGCGUCGACGGUACAGAUUCACACACUCUUGUUCAGCGGGGAUGAGGCGGAUAUCAGUGUGGCUCGGAGGCGCCUGGAGAGAAAUUUCGAGUUGCUGAUGCAGCUACGGUGUUACUGGCCUACUACUGACCGGGCCAUCAGCCGUCUAAGAGCAUUCCAUCAGACGGCACGUACGAGCAUCGACACGAGUUUCGUUCUGGACCGUUGGAUGUUGAGGUUCCUGGUUGAGUUCGCGGAGCCAAUGGAAGAAAAGGAACGCGGAGACGGGGAGGCGAUGGAGUCAUUGUGGAUGGACGGGCCCCCGGUGAGGGGCAAAGCAACUCCCGAAGCGGCUCAUCUUCGUGACAGGGUGGCGGGGUACGUCUUGGCCUCCGAUGAUGUCUCCUCUCCGGCCGGUGAUUUUCGUCCCAUCGGCGUCCAGGCCGGUUGGCUGACGGCGGGAACGGGCAUCAUUCUUGCGGCCGCGAUCGCAACCGCUGGACGGGUUGCCGCUCUCAGCAAUGGACUGGCCGAUACACCUCCGAUGGGCUGGAACAACUGGAAUGCCUUCGCAUGCGACGUCUCCGAAGACCUCCUCCUGGGCACAUCAGAGCGUGUCGUCAGCCUGGGCCUCCGUGAUCUGGGCUACAAUCACGUAGUACUGGAUGACUGCUGGCAAGAUGAGAAUGGUCGCGAUGCCAAGGGAAAGCUCCAGCCAAAUCUCGUAAAGUUUCCUAACGGACUGAAAUACGUUUCGGACCAUCUUCACAGCCAGGGACUCAAAUAUGGCAUGUACUCGAGUGCUGGCGAGAUGACUUGUGCCAGAUUUGCGGGCUCUCUCGAUCAUGAACACGACGAUGCUCAGAGCUUCGCGUCAUGGGGCGUCGACUUUCUCAAAUACGACAAUUGCUACCAUAUGGGCCGCAUGGGAACACCGCAAAUCUCCUUCAAUAGGUUCAAAGUCAUGGCUGAUGCCCUCAACGCAACGGGCCGCCCCAUCGCCCUAAGUCUCUGCAACUGGGGCGAAGACUACGUUCACACAUGGGGAAUGUCCAUCUCAAACGCAUGGCGCAUGUCAGGCGACAUCUACGACGCCUUCACCCGUCCCGACGACCUCUGCAGUUGCAACCAGGCCUCGGACCCCUUCUGCGUCGCGCCAGGAACCCACUGCUCCGUCCUCUUCAUCAUCAACCGCGUCGCCACCUUCGCCGACCGCGGCAUCCCCGGCGGCUGGAACGACCUCGACAUGCUCGAGGUCGGCCAGGGCGGCAUGACGGACGAGGAGUACAAGGCGCACUUCGCCCUCUGGGCCGCCCUCAAGUCGCCGCUGAUGCUCGGCAACGAUCUGCGGGAUAUGCCCGCCGAGGCGCUAAGUAUUGUCAACAACCCGGCCAUCAUCGCCAUCAGUCAGGAUCCUCACGGCCGCAGCGCGUUGAGGGUGAGGAGGGAUGUCGGAGGGGAUCUGGUUCCGGACGAGUUUGGCGUUGCUGAAGCACAGGUCUGGAGUGGGCGGUUGGAGAACGGAGACCAGGUCGUCAUCUUGCUCAACGCCGCCGGCGCGGAUAUUGAAAUGCAGUCCUCGCUCGCGGAGAUCUUCGUGGCAGAUGGGCCUGGUGGCUCGGCGCCGCAGGUCAAGUCUAAAUGGGCUGUUCACGAUCUCUGGGCCGAUAGGAUGCCUACGGAGACGGCAGAGUCGUUAUUCGCAGCCGAGAGCCACGACGCGCGGGCCAAGAUUCUACGGGAUGCCGAAUGGUAUAAUGCUACCGAGACGCCUUAUGCCCUCGGUCUGGAGAAGGAGGACCCGAGGCUGUUUGGCCAAAAGAUUGGCGAAGUCGAGGCCAGAGGUGUGUUGAAGGCUUCGGUGCCCAGCCAUGCGGCCAAGGUAUUCCGUUUACGGAGAAUCGCGCAACCUGGAGAUGGCUUCAAGGCUAAGAGUCAUGACCGUACGCAAAGAGCUGUGAAGGACGAACUUUGA